AUGUCUAUGCCCUCGUCACCAACGAACGGGCCUUCUCUGUACAACUUCCCUCAGGCGUUCAACGAGCUGUUCAGUCACAUUGCCGCACCCUCCCCUGUCGUUGACUUGCAUAGCAUCUCUACCCCCGCCAUCCCACAAGGGCUCGAAGAAUUCCGUGCCGUCUUCACCGAGCACACCCGCCAGUGCGGCUGCACGCUCUCGACUGAGAAACUGCAGGCAAUCCUCGCGGGGGACCUCUCCGGCGUCGCCGUGCACCCGUCCUUCACAUACGUCGCGCAGCUACUCGGGUGCCUACUGUGGCAGGUGCAGCGGCACAUCUUCGUCUUCCCACAGGUCGAGUUCGAGCAGCUACAUCACCUCUGGAUCGCGCUGGAGGACGCAGACCCCGUUACGGAGAUCCAGAUCCGAUAUUUGCUCGCAAUCUACUUUCUGCUCAAGAAGCAGAUGGAAGAAGGCGAGGAGCAGCUCCGCACCGCGGUACAGGUCGCGCUCGCGCACCGCCUCGCGUUCCCCGUGCCCGGCCCGCACGACUUUGUCGACGCCGCGCUCACGAUGCACGAGACGACGCCUGCGCAGACGGAGCUCAUUAGCACGCUCAGUCACCUGAUGUACCUCGACUGGUCCGUGACGGCGACCGGUCGGGUCCGAGCUCGGGCAGCGGCGCGGCGGCGCGGGGGGCCGCGAGUGCGGGGCGAGAGGCUGGGGAAAUAA